AUAUACAAAUAUUAAUUGAUACAAAUGUUGCUAUGUGAGUUACAUUAUCUAUUUGACAUUAACAAGGUUCAUUAAACCUAAGUAUAGUAUGUAUGUGUCUGACCUCAUACUAUAUUUAACUACAUACAGCAUAAGUUACCCCCACCCAUUGAGCCACCUCCCCCUAACCCCCAUGAUGUAUUUGGCAGACUCCAUCAGUCCUUGGUUGAGCCGGGUCACAUUACUCAGUCUUUUUCUUAUCAUAUACAACCAAAGUCACCUACAGACACCUCGAAAGCACAGGACACAAUGUCACAGCACUCCUUAAUGACAAUAAGAGAGAGGAAAAUGCAGGCAGCGGCUAUUUGCAGAGAAAUCCAAGGCACUGAUGGGUCCGGGAUGGUUCUUGGCCGAAAGGUGAACACGCCUAAAGAAAUCAUGCUGGAAGAGCUUUCUUUAGCUUCAAACAGGGGAUCUAGACUCUUCAAAAUGCGCCAAAAACGCUCUGAGAAGUACACAUUUGAAAGCACCCAGAAUGCAUCUAUCCAUAUGACUGAUGGUGUGAUUCCUCCUGCACCAGGUAUUGAAAACACAGUUAAUGGUGUAGGAGUUGACCAAGCCUCAAAAACUCCUCCAAACACACCUGACCCACAUACCAUGCCUAAUCCUGACUGUAUUGCCCCAGGUUAUGGAGGUCCCAUGAAGGAUGUUCCAACAGAGAAAUUCAACCGCACAGCUGUUCCUAAAUCCUACUUCUCUCCCUGGGAGCAGGCUCUUAUCAGUGAUCCCUCUCUAGCAAACAUGGUGCAUUUACAAAUGCCUGAAUCUGAGCCCACACCUGAGAUCCCACAGUACAAGAGCUUUAAUCGCGUGGCAACUCCAUUUGGUGGCUUUGGAAAUGCUACUAAAACCCCGGUCAAGUCAGUAGAAGUGAACAUUCUCCCAAGUGAAUCCGGUCUUCAACCACCAGAAGAUGUGACUGGCCCCAUGCCCUCACGACCCUCCUUCAACAGGACAGCUCUAGGCUGGGCGAAUGAUAAUGCCCCUCUGUUCCUUGCCUCUGCCACCCUGGAGCCCAAAUCGUCCAGGUUGCAAAUGUUUAUCCCUGAAUCUGAUGAACUUUGAAUUUCACUUGCAUUGCUAAUGUGAUAAAUAUAAUUGAAUCUAAUUUAGGUUGCAUAUUCAAGUAAUAUUAAAUUAUAUGUAAAAUUGUUUACAGUGUCUUAGUGACUGAUCAUCAGUGUAAAAGUUUCAGUUCUUUUAUAGAAAAGCAUUGCAGUUAAUAUCACAGAUUAUCUGCUAUAAGUAAUGUGAGAGUUUUCCUUUCUAUAAAUAUUUGUUUAGUUACAGUGUCAUGUAAUGCUUCCCGCUUUACCAUAUAACGUAUUCUAUUAUACCUAUCAUAACUAUUCACCUAUAAGCCCUUGAAAAAUAUCACAUUUCACACUACAUUAUGUGUGUAAUGUUUUACCGCAUGUUAAAAAAGCAUUACAAACACAUUAUGCCUUUUUUGCACAUGGAAACCU